AUGCCUGUACCGGGAUUCGAAGGAUCGCUUCUGGAUUUCGUCAUGCGGGAAACGGAAGUGCUCCACGGAAAGGUUAGGCGCUACACAAGCCCCACUGAACGGCCGUUCUUCCCUGAUGCCAUUCCGCCUCUUAUUCUGCCUCCCUUGAACUACCCCAGAGUGAUAGCGCAGGGAGGAAGGCCCAUGACAGACGCGUCUCAAAGAUCCAUUUUACUGUUCCUCACCCCCCGUGCUCUGCGCGCGUGUGCUCCAUUCCCGACCCCUCCUCGCUCCGCGCGUGUCUGCAGUAGUGCCAUGUCUAAUCCUUGCUGCCGCCCGUGGGACUUCCUUCCCUUGUGCAGCUACCAGGGAGUUUUGGCGAACUCGUUAGAAGCCGCUCCGUUUAUUGCCAAGUUGGCCCAAGAGCCGUUCACCGAAGUCCCGCUGGUGUGGGUCGUGCACGAGGCUGACGUGGCGGACAGGCUGGCAGUGUACGAGUCCAGUCAGCAUCUGCAGGGGCUGAGGCAGCAGUGGGUUGACCUAUUCGCUCGCCCUGACGCCCUUGUAUUCCCCUGCAUGGCACUCAAAGAGCGAUACCAGUCCCUGAACACUGGAAACUUCCUGGUAAUUCCCGGCUCGCCCACGUGGACGUACGCCGCGUCCCGAUUCGCCGCGUCGCACUCGCCAGAGUCGGCGCGGGCGGCGCGUCAGAUCCCGCCUGACACGUUCACUGUAGCAGUGGCGGGAAACCAGAGGGUGUACCAGGGGAAGUGGCGGGAAAGGGCGAUGGCCAUGCAUGCUGUUCACUCAUUGGUGGAGCCACCUGGUAUGGGGUGGGGGUCUAUAUGGGGGUGGAUGGGACGGGAUGUUGGGGACAAGGGAGGAGGGGAAGGCGGAGGAGGAGGGGGAGGAGGGAGAAUAGGGGGAGGAGGGGAAGGAGGGGAAGGAGGAAGGGAGCAGAGAGGGGGAGGGAGAGGGAGAGGAGGGGAAGGGAACCAGAAGGAGCGUGAGGGGGUUUCUGCUGUGGAGCGAGCGCACGUGGUGUUCAUGGGUAGCUGGAACGGCUCAGGGUCACAGUCGCAGCUGGCGGUGCUUAAGGUGGUAGCGAAGCAUCUGCUUAUAGCGAAUCUGACGUGGGGCGUGGGGGAGGCGGAGGGGGAGGAGGGGAUGGGCGUGCUUUUGGGCAGUGAUGUGGUGGUGUGGAGCUCGGUGGAGGAGGAGAGGGAGGUGAAUCCGCUGCUCGUGAAAGCACUAGCCUUGGGGAAGGUGGUGGUUGCGCCAAAGCUAAUCAAGAUCCGAGCAGAGGCGAGUGAUGUGGUGGUGUGGAGCUCGGUGGAGGAGGAGAGGGAGGUGAAUCCGCUGCUCGUGAAAGCACUAGCCUUGGGGAAGGUGGUGGUUGCGCCAAAGCUAAUCAAGAUCCGAGCAGAGGCGAGUGAUGUGGUGGUGUGGAGCUCGGUGGAGGAGGAGAGGGAGGUGAAUCCGCUGCUCGUGAAAGCACUAGCCUUGGGGAAGGUGGUGGUUGCGCCAAAGCUAAUCAAGAUCCGAGCAGAGGCGAGUGAUGUGGUGGUGUGGAGCUCGGUGGAGGAGGAGAGGGAGGUGAAUCCGCUGCUCGUGAAAGCACUAGCCUUGGGGAAGGUGGUGGUUGCGCCAAAGCUAAUCAAGAUCCGAGCAGAGGCGAGUGAUGUGGUGGUGUGGAGCUCGGUGGAGGAGGAGAGGGAGGUGAAUCCGCUGCUCGUGAAAGCACUAGCCUUGGGGAAGGUGGUGGUUGCGCCAAAGUUAAUCAAGAUCCGAGCAGAGGCGAGUGAUGUGGUGGUGUGGAGCUCGGUGGAGGAGGAGAGGGAGGUGAAGCCGCUGCUCGUGAAAGCGCUGGCGCUGGGGAAGGUGGUGGUUGCGCCAAAGAUAAUCAAGAUCCGAGCAGAGGUGAGAGGGUGGGUGAGUAGUGCUGCUUCUCGAGGGGUGCUGAUGGCGAGUGAUGUGGUGGUGUGGAGCUCGGUGGAGGAGGAGAGGGAGGUGAAUCCGCUGCUCGUGAAAGCGCUGGCGCUGGGGAAGGUCAUUGUGGUGCCGAAAGUGAUCAAGAUCCGAGCAGAGGUGGGUGGGUGGGCGGGUAGGUGGGUGCGGGUGGUGGUUAGGUCGGCGGAGAGGGAGGUGAAUCCGCUGCUGGUGAAAGCGCUGGCGCUGGGGAAGGUGUUGGUUGCACCGAAGCUGAUCAAGAUUCGAGCAGAGGUGAGGGGUUGGGCUUGUGGGUCCCCCACUGAUCCCACUCCUCCCACUCCCCCCCAUCCUCACCCCCCCUCACAGUUGACGAAUGGCGUGCAUGCUCUUUUCUACGACCCCGGGAAGGAAGCUUCCAUGAAACAGGCGCUCCUUAAAGCUGCGUCGCUUUCCCAGUCUGACGCGCUCGCCAUGUCAGCAUCGGGCCGCGAGCUCUCAUUGGCCCUGGGCGCGCGCAGCGUGGUUAAGGAGGUAGCGAGGUUGCUAGAACGGGUAAUGGAGGGGGGCGUGGGGAUUAGAAGCCCUCGGCCGGCGGACUGGCUGUGGUGGGAUAAGAAGCAGGCGUGGAUGUGGGGCGAGGAGGGCGGUUGGGGAUGGGGAGAGGGAGGGGAGAAGGGAGGAGACGGAGGAGUGGGAGGGAGAGGGGAAGGAAGAGAAGGAAGGGGAGAGGGAGGAGGAGGGAGGGGAGAGGGAGGACAGGGGACAGGAGGCGGUGGGACGAAGAGGGGUGGGGAGGAGGAGGAAGAGGGCGAGGGAGUGGAUCUAGGUGGGAGUGUGGAGGAAGGGGAGGCUGUGGUGGUGAAGGGCGGGGAGAGUGGGGGGAUUGGAGGGAGGAAGGUGAUACUAAGGGAAGGUGGCUAUAAGGGGCGAAGGACGGGGUUGAAGGAGGGAGGCAAGGAAAGGGAGGGCGGUAAGGAGGAAGCAGUGGGGAUGGGAGGGGAAGAGAGAGGGGACGUGGCAAGGAGUGAUGGGAGGAGCAGUGGGAGUGUGAGGAGUGAGGGAGGGAGUGCGGGCAGGAGAGAGGGAGGGAGUGAGAGGAGUGUGGUGUUGCAGAUGGAGGAGGAGUGGGAGGAGUUGAAGAGAAGGGAAGCGGCAUUGCUGAUGGGAGACAAAACGAGGGACAGCAUGCUCAUGGCCGAGAUGGAUGGGGCUGAGGAGGCGGUGGGAGGCGGGUUAGCGGGUUCUGAGGCGCCUCAAAAGGCGUUGCUGAUGGGAGACAAAACGAGGGACAGCAUGCUCAUGGCCGAGAUGGAUGGGGCUGAGGAGGCGGUGGGAGGCGGGUUAGCGGGUUCUGAGGCGCCUCAAAAGGCGUUGCUGAUGGGAGACAAAACGAGGGAUAGCAUGGUCAUGGCUGAGAUCGAUGGUGCAGCAGCAGCAGUAGGAGGAGCAGCGGGAGGAAGGGCUAGGGGCGACUUAGCUAAUAAAGCAGCAGCCACAGGAGGAGGGGUAGUGGGGCCAGGGACGGCGGAGGCAGAGGGUGCUGCAGCUUCAGCUGCUGCCACUGCUACUGUGGGGGGAGAGGGCAGCGCAGGAGAGAGGACAGGAGGAGGAGCAGCAGCAGCAGGAGUGCCUGAGCUGAAAGCACCGGAGGAGCAAGUGGAAGCUGAUAUUCUGUGGGACCGCAGGGAGCACGAGUCGCUGUCAUGGGAGGAGGUGAAGGUGGGGGUGAAGCGGGCGGAGAGGAGUGGGCUGCAUGAGAGGGACGACGGCGACCUGGAAAGAUCAGGCCAGCCCAUCUGCAUCUACGAGCCCUACACUGGGAAUGGAUCCUGGCCGUUCAUUCAUGACAAGGAUACCCUCUACCGUGGGGUUAGUCUGUCGCGCUCCUCCCGCCGCCCCAACCUGUAUGAUGAUGUCAACGCGUGGGCGCGUCUCCCCAUGCUCGCCUCGCCCUACUACCGCGACGUGCUCUGCGACUUUGCAGCCCUACUGGCAAUCAACUACCGCAUAGACCGAGUCCAUAGGAACCCCUGGAUCGGCUUCCAGCCCUGGCGGGUCCGGGCGGAGAAUGUGGGGUUGAGUAGUAAGGCGGAAAAGGCGCUGGUUGGGACUAUAGAGAGGGGGACUGUAGCGGAUGCGGUAGUGUACUGGGGGGAGGGGGAGGGGGAGGGGGAGGGGGAGGGGGAGGAGGAGGGGGAGGGGGAGGGGGGAGGGGGAGGGGGAGGUGGGGGAGAGCAUGGGGGGAAGGGGGAUGGGGGAGGGGAGACGGGGGGAGGAUCGGGGAAGAUGCGUGUUGGGGGGUUGGAGGAGCGAGCAGGGGAUGACUUUUGGACGACAUGUGACAUGAUGAACCGUGGUAACUGCAGAGCUGCAUUCCUUGAGGCCAUGAGGCUGGUGUACAGCCUGCCGUCCAACUGGACCACUCUGCCGCCCAUGCCCACCGGAGGGGGUACCUGGUCUGCCAUGCAUGCAUGGGCCAUGCCAGCACACAACUUCGUGGAGUUCAUGCUGUUUGCACGCAUGUUCGUGGACGCUCUGGAUGUGAAGUUCUACCAGAGACACGUGGCCCACGGCACAUGCCCUUUGGCCCAGAGCCAUGCAGAGGAGCGGCACUGUUACUGCCGACUGCUCGACCGGCUUGUGAACGUGUGGGCAUACCACAGCAGAAAGAGAAUGCUGCUUCUCAACCCCCACACGGGCACUCUUAAAGAGCAACACCCGGUUCCCACGCGCUCUAAGUCCCGCUCCCGGCGCGCCUGGUUCCAGUGGUUCUCCCGCCCGGCACUUAAAGCCAUGGAUGAGGAACGUGCAGAAGAGACGGACGACCCCGCCCACGCGAUCAACGGGCGGCGGUGGCUUUGGCCUCAUCUGGGGGAGGUGCAGUGGCAGGGGUCGAACGAGCGGGAUAGGAUGUUUAGACUGUGGCAGAAGGGGCAGAAGGAGAGGAGGAAGAAAGAGAGACUGGCGCGGAUGAGAGUGAGAUACAAGCAGGAGGCGUUGGGAGGGCCCGUGGUGAAGACAUUGGGGGAGGUUGGGGGUAAGGGUUUGGGGAGGAAUGGGAGCGUUGUGGAGGGUGAUGGGGAGGAGGGGAAGAGUGGAAGUAGUGGCAGCGGCGGCACUGACAGGGGUAGUGGUGUAAGCAAGAAGAGUAGCAGCAGCAGUAGCAGUGACACAGCUCAGGAGGAGGGCAAGGAGGACAGUGACACAAGGUGA